AUGAGGAGGAGCGAGAGGAGCGAAACAGCCCCACUGUUGAAAGGGACCGUCGCCAUCGCCCAAGCACAUCAAACACUCGACAUCGAGGGGAACUUUUCCAAUCGACCUGGUGGUCCCAGCGGUCCAUCGACGCUUUAUGAGAUCUCCUUGCAUCGGUCGCGGAAGCGGACGCUGGAAAAGGGUUUCGAUGCGCGUGGCAGCUUCGUGCACUUCGCUCACCGCCACCUCAAAAGCGCUGUCCAGUUUCAGGAUGUCCUGGACCGUCCCGGGGUCCGAGGGUUUCUGUACCGAUCAAAGUGGUAUCGGAGGCCUAGCGUGAUGCGCUUACGAAACUUUAUGACGGGAACCUUCGUGACCUUCUGUUCCUUUGCCAGCUUACUGAUCGCACUGUUUUGCAGUGAUGUUUAUGCGUUCCUGGGAGCGUCGGACAGCACGCAGAGCGACGUAUUGCUGUCAAUCGCCUUUGUCUUUUUCGUUCUUGAGUUUCUGGGGAAUGCCUUGUCGGACAAGACAUACUUACUGAGCUUCUUCUUCUUCAUGGACUUCCUUGGAACUUUUUCGAUGGUCUUUGACAUCUCCUACCUCUGUGGUGCCGAUGUCACAGCCUUCGACAGGUUAGAUCUGGAAGCAAAGGGUGGAAGCGGCGUAAUGAUCGUGCGGGCGGCUCGUGCGGCUCGUGUUGGCACCCGAGCUGGGCGGCUCAGCCGCGUUGCCAAGAUUGUGCGCUUCCUUUCCGGCGUCGAGGACAUUUCGACAAGCAACGUAAAGAUGGCAAAAGUUAUCUCAAACAAGCUGUCUGACGUCCUCUCAAUUCGCAUUGCCUUUGUAGUGAUCAUCAUUGCCGUCGUUUUCCCGUCCUUCAGCAUCUUUGAGUAUCCGGCCAUGGAGGAGUCAAUGUCUGCGUGGACAAACUUCCUGGCACAUGAACUCGUCAGCUUCCGCCAAGGCAGCAGUACUCAACUCGAACUGGACGGCGUAGUUCGGCGCAUGUCUUCCUUCUAUCGAUCGGUCAGCUACGGCCCCUUCUUGGCUUGUUUCAGCGAGCACAACACCAGCCUGGCUCAGGAGCUGCUGGAUUGCAGAGGCUCCGGAAAUGUGAGGCUGGAGUUCGACGGUGUUCACUUUUCGCGUCCCACUCGCGGGGAGUUCCUGUUGGUGACUAGUGCUGGCAAGCUGGACGUGUUCUUUGACAUGUCCGCUCCAAGACGUUUGGAAGCUGUGAUGGCCAUAAGCCUGAUCGCGUUCAGCAUUGUCGCUAUGCUGGUCUUUGGUACCUUUCUUAGCGAGAAUAUCUCCACGGUGGCCAUUGCGCCGAUGGAACGAAUGCUUGCCGUUGUGCGGCACCGCUGUGCCCAGAUCUUCAAGUACACUGCAGAGCUGCAGGAGGUGUCUGAUAGCGAAGCCGAAGACUCAGAGCAUGAGCACGAGUCCGAGGAGUUUCAAAGCAACGAGUUCGAGCUUCUGGAGAAGGCCGUGUCUAAGCUGUCGGCCAUAGCGAGCUUGUCUGCUGCAGAUGCCCCAAAGGAGACAGAGCCUUUGAACGAAGACGACCUCCUGGUGAUGAACUGGACACAUGGCCGUGGCUUCAUCACCUACGAGGUGGAUUUCGGAGUCCAGGCUGCUUCGGUGUCGAGGGUCCGUUCCCACCACGUUUCCCCAAAGGAUGUGGUGGGCAUCGAGCUGCUGUACCAGCAGGUGCCCUCCGAAAUGCUGACCCUUUCCAGGACUGAGGACUUCAAUCCCAUGGAACCGACCUCGAGCCAGAAGAAGGCGCUGUGUGCCAUCCACUUGCUCGACAAUCCGGGGUGCAAGGAUUUUGUGCGCGGCUCGAUCAAUCCCACCACCUUGCUUCACUUCGUGGACACAGCAGAAGCGAACUACUCGCCCGUCCCCUUCCACAACUUUGGGCACAGCUUGGAUGUCUUGUGCACCCUGUCUCUUCAAAUGGAACAGACCCAGGCGCCGUUGUUUUUGACCAACGUCGAGCAGUUUGGGCUGCUUGUGGCGGCAGUGGGGCAUGAUCUUGGGCAUCCUGGGUUGAACAACCCUUUCCUGGUGGAGACACGACACGAAGUGGCGGUCACCUACAACGACAGAUCACCGCUGGAAAACAUGCAUUGCGCAAAGCUCUUUCAUAUUCUUCGGGAGCCCGACACGAACGUCUUCUAUGCCCUGGACAAGGAGACCUACAAGGAACUGCGCAAAGACUUGAUUGAGGCAAUCUUGCACACAGAUGUGACUAAGCACAAUGAGAUGGUCAAGGAUCUGGCACUUUUCUACCAGAUGAACUCGGACACGCUCAGCCUGCAACACAUGCCACACGAGGUGCGGGAGUUGCUUCAAUCCAACCGCAGCGGCUUGAUGAAUGGCCUCCUGCAUUCAGCGGAUGUGAACAAUCCAGCUAAGCCGUGGCACGUCGCCAAGAAGCUGGCGUACCUUUGCAUGGACGAGUUCUUUGCGCAGGGUGACCGGGAGAAGGAGCUGGAAAUCCCUGUGGGCAUGCUGAAUGAUCGUGACAAAGUGAACAGGGCCAACUCGCAGAUCGGCUUCAUCGAGUUCAUGAUCGCCCCAUUCAUUGAGGCUCUAGUGUCCAUCUUCCCGGGCCUCGAUGAUCUUGCUGCCAACACGUCUCAGAACAUCGAGAACUGGGCGCGGCUUUGGCAAGCCGAGGCAAGCCCUCCUCCAGAGCAAGUCGAGAAGGUGGCAGUACGCGUUCAGAAGGUGGUGGCCAAGCUUGAUGUGACUUGCAAGACAAGGCUGCAGGGCGCACCUGCCAAGGAUUUCGGUGACGCGGCUUCCUGA